AUGUCGACCAUUGGCAGCUUUGAAGGGUUCCAGCCUGUGGCACUGAAGCCAGAUGGAGAUGAUCAGCCCUCAGAAGGAGACAGCCUCCCAGUUGAUGAAGGGAGCUCAGGCAGAGAUUCAGUGCCCAGCAGAAUGGCAAGACAACCUAGUGUGACCGAAUCAGUUCUCUACCCAAAUCCGUAUACCCGGCCACAUUGCACACGCAAGUACUUUGUUACUCGGCCAGGGGCUAUUGAGACGGCCAGAGAAGACUUAAGGAACCAUGUGGCAGAGACAAUGGAUGAAGUUGUUCAAGGUUUCUGGCUCUUGACAGAAGUGGACCACUGGAACAAUGAGAAGGAAAGGGUGGUGGCGAUCACGGACAACACCCUGCUGAUCUGCAAAUAUGACUUCAUCAUGCUCAGCUGUGUCCAGUUUCAACGCAUCCCCCUGAGCAGUAUCUAUCACAUCUGUCUUGGCAAAUUUGCCUUCCCUGGGACAUCCUUGGAUAAGAGGCAGGGUGAAGGUAUCCGCAUCUCUUGGGGAAAGAGCAAGGAGCAGUCCAUCUUGUCCCGCUGGAACCCUUGGUCUACAGAAGUUCCUUAUGCUACUUUUACAGAGCACCCCAUGAAGAACAGCAGUGAAAUGUUCCAUGAAAUUUGUAAGAUGUCUGCAUUUACAGCUAACCUUGUGCCUGCUGUUCAGAAUGCUCACAAGACCUCCUCAGGACCUGGAAGAGGAAAAGGAGUGAUGGUGUCAACAGAACCCAUUCUCAUUGAGACCUACACUGGGCUGAUGUCAUUCAUUGGAAAUCGCAACAAACUGGGCUACUCCCUGGCCCGUGGUAGCAUAGGAUUUUAA